AGUUUCCCGCUGGUGAAUCGUCGUAAAUCGCAGUGCGAAAAGCUGAGGGUCUAAAAAUAUCCCGGCACUCGAAGCCAAUCGAUGUGCCCGCAGCUGGCAGAGAUGGGCGAGCGCGAGCCAGAGUCGGACGAGGACUGCGAGGUCUAUUUCCUGAAACCGGUCAACGAGUACAACAUUGUGGACAGGAUCUAGGAAGCCAACAAGGAGCUCUUUGCGCCGGAUGAUGAGGGUUCGAAUGGUAGCGGUAAGGUGACCAAGGUAAAAUUCGCCUUGAAUCUGGAGGAUUACGAGCCCACAGAGCAGCAGAAGGAUCUGAGUCCAAGUCCGCCGGAUGAGCUGCUGCAGCAGUUGACGCAGCUGAAGCUAAAGCCCAUUGCAGAGGAGGAACAAGCAGCGCCAGAAGUGACCAAGGUGGUAGAAGUACCCCCUCCUGACGAGGAACCCGAAGCAGAGGAGGAGAUAUGCGAAGAAAUUCUAGACUUGAGUGAAGUACCACAAGAGCCUGUUGUGCAGGAAAGCGUUCCCAUAGAUGAUGAAGACGAUUUCUCUGGAGUGGAUGAAGCAGAUCUAGAUGAUGAUUCUCCAGCAAAGGAUUCCUCCAUUCCCGCUUCCCUCCAACUGAGGCAGAGCACCUUUGACCAGGAUGACUCCGACCAGAAGAGCCUGACCAAUCUCCUAACUGAAUCCGACUGUGAGGAGGAGGAACGCACCUUGAAUGAGGCUCGCCAGAAGCUGAGGGAUGCCUAUAAGAAUCUUUAUAAAACUUUAGAUCCCAAGCAGCAGGCAACCAUCGACAGACUGACGGGUGCCGAAAGUGAAGUUCCACUGCCAGCACCUGUGGCUGCUCCAGCUGAACCCGACGAGGAGGAUGACCUUUCCGUUAUUGUGGCCAGCUAUAUUCCAGAUGACUUUGAGCUCAACGAGCAGAGCAUUUACUACAAGAAGGAGGAGGAACCCGAGGAAGUCAAGGGAUCCUGCACCACGUGCCCCAAGGCCACUUCCAAGACCUUUUUCACUUCGCGCAGUUUUAGCUUUCGGCGCCGUCCCAAGCCCACGCCCACUCCAUCCUCUGCAUCGGCUUCUACGACAUCUCCUUCCAUCCGAAUGAAUUACAAGAUCUGCUGCGAGCACCGUCAUUCGAUACAAGGGAAGUUACCCAGGUAUACGGGUUACAUGUCGGAAUAUGGUUUGACCGCCCAGCAACUUCAGCGCCGGGAUCAACAGCUAAGACGAAAACAGCGCUUCUCCAUGGAGCAAACAAUCAACCGCAACGAGCAGGAGUUGAAGAAGAUGCAGGACAAUGAGCGGGCUUUCACCACCUGGCUCAAAAAUAAGAUGCGCUAUCCAAUCAACAAAACCCGCAACAUGUUUGAUGCCCACAAAAGGCGAGGCAGCGUGGCAGCCGCAGGAAGUCCCCGCCAGCAUCCAAAAGCUCACCAGCACCUCCACCAGGAGCCAGAGCAGCGCGGAGGACGUCGAAGGCGUCGACGAGACAGCGGAGAAGAGGAGGUACACGCCUAUCGACACCUGCUCGGAAGCUGGAACAAGUAG